CCGCCGCGUCCUCCUCCUCCGCCACAACACACACACACAGCACGGGAGGGGGUGCGAGAGGGGAGGGGAGGAAGAGGGAGGGAGGUAAGAGAGGUGAGGAGGAGGAGGAGGGAGAAGAAGGAGAAAAAUAAGAACAAGGUCCCGGUUGAGGAAUUCUGGACAUAUACAACGUGAAAAUGACGAUGUCCGUCCCGGAGAGGAAAUCAGGAUCGGAGGGGAAGGAGGAGGAGAGCGAGGAUGAGAGCGAGAUCGUGGAGGAGAGCCCGUGCGGCCGCUGGCAGAAGCGCAAGGAGCAGGUCAGCCAAGGAAAUGUCCCCGGGGUGGAGAGUGCGUCCCUGGCCAUGGACACAGAGGAGGGUGUGGAGGUGGUGUGGAACGAGGUGCUCUUCUCCGACAAGAAGGUCUUCAAAGCACAGGAGGAGACGAUCAAGGAGAUGUUUGAGAACCUGAUGCAGGUCGAACACCCGAACAUCGUCAAGUUCCACAGGUACUGGCUGGACAUGCAGGAGAGCCAGGCUCGGGUUAUAUUCAUCACAGAAUACAUGUCGUCAGGCAGCCUUAAGCAGUUCCUGAAGAAAACUAAGAAGAACCACAAGACCAUGAAUGUGAAGGCCUGGAAGAGAUGGUGCACUCAGAUUCUCUCAGCUCUCAGUUAUCUCCACUCCUGUGAACCACCAAUAAUCCAUGGCAACCUGACGUGUGACACCAUCUUCAUCCAGCACAACGGCCUCAUCAAGAUCGGCUCAGUGUGGCACCGGCUAUUUGUUAAUGUGUUUCCAGAUGCCAGUCUUCACGGUAAAGAGAGGCAACAUCGUGACGAGCAGAGGAAUCUGCAUUUUUUCGCUCCGGAAUACGGAGCCGGCGAAGAUGAUUACGCCAUGGACAUUUUCUCCUUUGGCAUCUGCGCUCUCGAGAUGGCAGUACUGGAGAUCCAGGCCAACGGGGAUACAGCUGUGUCCAAGGAGGCCAUCCUCAAUGCAGGUCAAUCUCUGGAAGACCCUCUCAUGAGAGAGUUCACACAGUCUUGUUUGCGUCACGAAAGAAAGCUCCGUCCCACGGCUCACGACCUUCUGUUCCACCGAGUCUUGUUCGAGGUCCACUCCCUCAAACUGCUCGCCGCCCACUGCCUCAUCAAUAACCAGUACUUGCUCCCUGAGAACUGUGUGGAGGAGAAAACCAAGUCCUUCGACCCCAGUGCUGUCAUGGCAGAGAUUAAACACGAGGACAGACCGGGAGUUCAGCUCAAAUAUUCACACGUGUCUCCUUUGGAGCUUGAUAAGUUUCUGGAGGAUGUGAAGAAUGGGAUUUACCCGCUGAUGAACUUUGCCUCGUCCCGGCCUCAUCCCGUCCCUCGAGCCCUGUCCUUGUCUCACGAGCAGGUCGAGACAGUGAAGACGCCGACUCCUGAACCUCAGGAGACAGAAUCUAGAAAGGUUGUUCAGAUGCACUGUAAUUUGGAGUCAAAUGAAGAAGGGACCAAAACUCAUCUCUCGUUGUUUCUGAAGAUGGAUGAUAAACUUCACAGGCAGCUCAGCUGUGACAUCCUUCCAACUGACACCUCCAAAGACCUUGCCAGUGAACUUGUUCACCAUGCCUUCAUUACUGAGGAGGACAGUGAGAAGGUGGCGGGGUUCCUGGAGGACGCCAUCAGCCGACACCGGGUCCGAGCGCUCGCCUCUGGCAGCACACAGUGAGGAGAGGGUCACAACGAUGUCGGGCCCGGACUUAAGGGGCCCACAGUGUUGACCAUAAGGAUAAAGACAGGGAGAGGGCAGGAUCACACAGAGGGGAGCCGACCCAUUUGGGGAUAAAACGGGGACAAAUGCAGAAGGACGCUGGGUCUUGACAGUCAGUAAUCCAUCCCAGAGAGAAGGAGGAGACACGGGCACUGAGAGAGGAACUGAAGGCACCUCUGGUUGGACGACUAGAGGCAUCAUGGCCGUGUUCAGCAAUCCCACAAUGCAGUGGCAGAUCGACAAACUCCCUGCCUAAAAGGGCUAUCACGCCUUAAUAUAUUUUACAACUAAGGUUUUUCCAUAAUGUCACUAAUCAGAACGGAUAUGUUUCACUUUGAAUGCAGCAGCCGCCUUUGCAGGAACGUUUUAUCGCUCAUAAGCAUCAGUUUGCACUCCAACGUCCACGUUGAUUGGUGACGACUUACACUGAAAUGUAAACAAAGUCAUUUACUAAGGCCUCUCUCUCCCUCCUCAGCCAGAACAUUCAUUUUAUUACCUUUUGGGGGAAUUUAAUAUUCCAUAAAACCUGUACUGUUCAUCCUUAUUUAUUUCACUUUAACUGUGAACGAUAGCAUCUAACAUGUUUUUCUUUUUUAUUAUUAUCUGCAAAAUUAACACACCUUACUGCGCUCUCGGGUUAAAGGCUCUUUCUCCCGGAGGUAAACACACCGCGCCUACAUGUAGUGAUGAGAUGAUGCCUCUCUUUUAGCCUGUAGUGCUCUUAAGGGUUUUCCCUGUAAAAGUGUUCUGAACGCCAAAGACUUGCAAAGUGCCUGAUAAGGCAAUGUACUUUGGAGAAAGAUUUCCUAAUGAAGAAAUCACACCCAACUUGAAUUUUUUUUAAAUUUAAACUUAGUCAGGCUGACCAUUUUAAAACUGGAAAUAUUUGAGACUCCUAUCCACAAAGUCCACAAAGUCAGCCUGUGAGAAUAGGAGCAUGAACUCGACACCCCCGACAAUGGGAGCUCCAUUAAGAGCUGCAGCCGCUGUACAUUGGACAAAUGGAUCAGAUGAUAAUUCUCUCUGUUCCAGUCAAUAUUGGUUUUGGAAGAGCUACAGCUUAUGUAAAAAGAAAAAUUGGAAUACAUCACGAGAAGCCUGAGAUUUAGAGUCAUAGUCCUAUAUGAAUGGGAGAAAAGGUUUUGGUGAUUUGACCUUAAGACUUAUCAAUACAAAUGCUAUAUUGUUAAUAAAUGUUACUGCUAUACUUAUUUUGUUGUAUCCCCCCAAAACUGGCUGAAAAUACUUUCUAACAAUGAAUUUGAUUUGUAAACAGGUCUGGAGGAGUUUGAAGAGAAAAAUCCACCCAAGUGUUCUGAAACCUUAUGGUGCAAGUAGAGAAUAUUCAAGGUUAAAGUGUGUUGGUGAGGUGUCUGGCCAUCUGGCAAAAGAUUACACAUUGGUCUAAUUAUAAUAACCAUGAUAAUAUCUUAAUUUAUGCAGCAAUUCUCCAAAUAAUGUUACAAAGUGCUGCAUAUACAAAAAUAAGAACAUACAGACAACAUGAUAACAAAUGAAAACACUCAAAAACAGAUAAAAACACUAAAGAAUUUUAAAAGUGACCCAAAAAAAUAAUGAAAAAUACAAUUUAGUAAAAUUAAGAAAUGCGAUACAAUAAAAGUACUUUUUAAGCUUUGUAUUAAAGUUACUGACUCAGCCUGCAGUAUUUCCUCGGGCAGGUUGUUCCAGAGCCUCUAAACGAACAUAACUGCCCCAUAGGGAUGAGAUCUAGGGAGUUGCAUCAUUUUCAUACUCAUCAAGCUGCUUAUUGACCCCUCGUGACUCAACUCACCAUAUCACGGUUUUCCACAUCUAUGGUUUGUGCUCAGCUGAACUCUCAAAUGUGCAUUAAUCUGAGUAAUGAAGGAUUGAUGCACUGCAGCCAUGAUACCAUAACAUACCUCUCCAAGUAACAGUCAGCUGAGGCAGAGUCUGUCUUGUGUUCUGUUCCUCACAUGUCACAAAUCAAGUUACUGCUGCUAUUGAAACACUCAGCUGAACUCAAGCCCCAACAAUGAAACCUCUUUCAACAUCACUGGGAUCUGUUCCUUCUCCCAUUUUGAUACAACAUCAAAAUUAACUGGAUUCAGCAUUUUCAUACAUGCAAGUGGGACUUGAGUUAAUUGCUACUCUGCAUCAUGAAGUGCAUCUGCAUCUUUUCUCUUUCUCCACUCAUUCAUUCAGUUUUUUCCGCUUGAAUGGUUUAUCUGUUUAUAUUUGUAUCUCAAAUAUCUUUUAUGAUGGAUAAGCAUUCAGCAUUUCCAUUGGCUUCUCAAACAUCAUUUCUGACUGAAUGUUCUGUGUGAGGCCUAUUUCCAAGAACAAAAUGUGCUUCUGUUUGAGACAAUGUCAGAGUGAACCUUGGAAUUGAUUUCACCGCAGCCCACGCAAAACACAAAAAUAGGAAACAUCUUCGGCUCUGCGAGAUUUGCUCGUAUAAAAGCUCAAUAUUUGCACCAUAAAAUAACUUUUGGGUGGAUUUUUUCUCUACAAAAAACAGUGAAAUGUCUUAAGAGUUUUCAGGAGAAUGCUCUCAUCCGUCAGACUCACUUAGUUCUGCUUCAUUUGUUUCCUGGGUGUGUAAAGUGGCAGUUUCAUAACAGUUGCGCUGCUGUACAGUCGUUGCUUACAGUGCUUACUUACUAUAACUCUGUGUCGAGCCUUUUUAUCAGCGUGUCCUUGAAGACAGAGGCCCUGAAUUCAACCAGACAUUCACUUGCUAGAGGCCGUGGUGUACAUAUUUGUUUGUGGCUAUUAAAGGGGGCUUUACUUUGGAUAGAAAUUCAAAGCAAAGCCAUUGCUCUCAUUUGAUCUUGUAAGCUGCAUGUCUUAAUAGCCUGCGAACAUUCAAAACUUAGCAUUUUGCCUUUUUCUCAGUCACAGUUCGGUCCCACCGGGGACGCGACCAAGGAAAUGAAUGUUUAGACUGUGCAAACAUGACAAAAAAAAUCCAUAUCAGUCUUACAUUAUGUCUGAUUUACUUUUGUUUCCUGUGACUCUGUUGAAUGAAAUUUGCCUUUGGAUGUGUUCCACUUAAACCUUUGUUAAAUAUUGUUGGUACUGCAAUCAAUUAAAUGACAAUAAACUAUAUGUAAAAUGUU